AGAUGAGGAUGCGUGUGAGGGCUCAGUGGCCCAGGGCGCCCUGCUCAGCCCUCCUGCUCCUGGGGCUUGUGCUGGGCGCUGCGGCCCAGCUCAACUGUCCCGGGAACACCUACCCCGGUGGCAGCAAGUGCUGUCGGGAGUGUGAUCCAGGUUACGGGAUGGAGAGCCGCUGCCAUGGCAAGCAGGACACCGUGUGCCGGCCGUGUGAGCCUGGCUUCUACAACGAGGCCACAAACUAUGAGGCCUGCAAGCCCUGCACACAGUGCAACCAGAGAAGUGGGAGCGAACCCAAGCAGAGAUGCACACCCACGCAGGACACCCUCUGCCGCUGCAGGCCUGGCACUCAGCCCCAGCGUGGCUACAAGCUCGGAGUUGACUGUGCGCCGUGUCCACCAGGACACUUCUCCCCUGGCAACAACCAGGCUUGCAAGCCCUGGACCAACUGCACCUUGGUGGGAAAGCGCACACUGCAGCCAGCCAGCAACAGCUCGGAUGCUGUCUGUGAGGACAGGAGCCCCCCAGCCACACUGCCCUGGGAGACCCAGGGUCCCCCAGCCCGGCCCCCUACCACUCAGCCCACCACUGCCUGGCCCAGGGCCUCACAGGGGCCCUCCACAUCCCCCACAGAGCCCCCCAGGGGCCCUGAGCUGGCCGCCAUCCUGGGCCUGGGCCUGGGCCUGGGCCUGCUUGCCCCUGUGGCCGCUGUGCUGGCCCUGUUCCUGCACCACAGGGCCUGGAGGCUGCCGCCCCAUGUCCCCAAGCCCCCCGGUGAGUGCCACUGUGGACCCAGCCCAGCUGCCUCCCGAAGGGGUGAGGCCCCUGCCCACCUCCCACCUAUCGCUCCUUCCUCCUCCCCAGGGGGAAACAGCUUCCGGACCCCCAUCCAAGAAGAGCACGCCGAUGCAGACUCCACCUUGGCCAAGAUCUGAGCAGCGUCCGCUGGUGUCGGAGUCGGCACCUCCUCUCCAGGCUGGGGCCCCAGAGGGUCCACUAGACCUUGUGGGACAGUGGGAGUGCUCCCAGGUGCCGGCUGCUGCACCCCAUCACCUUAUCACCCAAUCACCCCAUUGCACCAUCACCUCGUUGUCCCAUUGCCCCAUCGCCCUGUCACCCUAUCACCCCAUCGCCCUGUCACUCCAUUGCCCUACCACUCCAUGACCCCAAUAACCCAUUGCCCCAUCACCCAUGACUCCAUGACCCCAUGACCCCAUUGCCCCAUCACCCCAUCGCCCCAUCACCCUGUCACCCCAUUUCCCCAUAACCCAUCACCCCAUCACCUUAUCAACCCAUCACCUCAUCACCCCAUCACCCUGUCACCCCAUCACCCCAUCGCACUGUCCCCCAUCAUCCCAUCACCCCAUUGCCCUUAUCCCAGCACUGCAUUGCCCCAUCAACCCAUCACCCCAACACCCUAUCGCCCCAUCAACUCAUCACCCCAUCACCGCAUUGCCCCAUCAACUCAUCACCCCGACACCCCAUCACCCCACCACCCCAUGACCCCAUCUCCCCAUCACCCUAUGACCCCGUUGCCCCAUCACCCCAUUGCCCCAAUGCCCCAUCACCCCAUCGCCCCAUCACCCAUGACCCCAUCACCUCAUGACCCCAUGGCCCCAUCGUGCAUGACCCCAUGACCCUAUGACCUUGUCACCCCAUGGCCCUGGCGCCUGUCACCCUGCCCUGCUCCGUUUUAGGUGCUCCUGGGCUGGUCCCCACCCUGGGCUCUGCUAUGUAUGUUGUGCAUACUCCCCGCUCAGGGUGGUGCCCCAAUAAACGACGUUGGCAAAUGUGGGUC